AUGCAGGGUCAUACGGGUCGUCCGCAAAGAAGGACAUGGGAGAAUCAGACAUUCAUAAAAAGUGAGCAGGAUCUAGUCAAUCAACCAGAACUUGUGCCGACAAUUCCAAGCGAAGAUGACCAAGUGCAGCGGCAAUCGCCUUGCCCAGUUGGAGCAGGACCAAGACGGUCAAGAGAUUCCCGUGAAGGGGAAGCAAUUGCACCAGAGCCGGAACGAGUGCGAGUGCAGGAAACUACAGUUGCUCCACCGCAGCCAUCACCGCCUCGUGACCCAUCGAACAAUACUAACGGCGCGUCCACUGAAGCGAAGGCAACUGCACCACCGGGACCGGCAUUUGUGGUUACUGAUGAUCAAGCAGCGGAAGAUUUCGAUAAAAUUGCUGAACAACGCCGUCAAGCAAAACGAGCAGCACUUCUGGCAAAAACCAUGAAGCGCAAGGAGGAAAUUGAAAGCAAAGUCGAUCAAAUAGAGCAGAGAAACGCCGAGAAGAGACUUGCUGAAAUAGCUAAACGUGAGAUGGCAGAGCAGCGAAAAUUGGAAAAAGAGCUGCAGCGCCAGAAAAUCUUGGACGACUACAAACGACGGAAGAUGGAGAAGGAGAUGGGCGUUGAAUCUGGAUCUAAUUCGGCUCGAAGUCCUCCAGGUCGUGGACACUCACAACCACCUUUUGUCCGUACGAAAUCACAAGUGCGUUUCCAUUUUUCCAUAAUUCGUUUAGCUGGCGUGCUUAUUUUGCUGGAUUUAGAUGUCCGAGUCAGCAAUGGGUGCCGAUAG